AUGUCCCGGUCUGUGAGUUUCAGCUCUCGCUCUGCAGUGGGACCAGGGAUCAGCCAAGUGCGGGUCAGCACCGUCUCCUCGACCCGUGGACUAGGAGGGGGUGUCGGCUUAGGCAGGGCAGGUGGUUUUGCCAGCUCCAGCCUCUACAACCUUGGCUCUGCCAACAAGCGGAUCUCUCUUGGAGGUGGCAGCUCCUACAGCGUUCGCUCUGGAUACGGCUAUGGAGGCAUGGGAUUCGGUGGGGCACUCAGCCCUGGGGGCAUUCAGGAGGUCACCGUCAACCAGAGCCUCCUGACGCCCCUGAAUCUAGAGAUUGACCCCAAUAUCCAGCGGGUGCGCAAGGAGGAGAAGGAGCAAAUCAAGACACUCAACAACAGAUUCGCCUCCUUCAUUGACAAGGUCCGGUUCCUGGAGCAGCAAAACAAAAUGCUGGAGACCAAAUGGCACCUCCUUCAGGACCAGAAGACAGCCCGGAGUAAUAUUGCUCCCAUGUUUGAGACAUACAUCAACAACCUGCGAAGUCAGCUGGAUGGGCUGUUGAAUGACAAAGGGCGUUUGGAGGGCGAACUGAAGAACAUGCAGGAUCUUGUUGAGGAUUUCAAGACCAAAUAUGAAGACGAAAUCAACAAGCGCACGGCAGCAGAGAACGAAUUUGUGGUGCUCAAGAAGGAUGUGGAUGCUGCCUACAUGAACAAAGUGGAGCUGGAGGCCAAGGUGGAUGCGCUGACGGACGAGAUUAACUUCCUGAGGUCUCUCUAUGAAGCGGAACUUCAUGAGCUGCAGGCCCAGAUCUCUGACACCUCGGUGGUGCUGUCUAUGGAUAACAGUCGAAACUUGGACCUGGACAGCAUCAUUGCAGAGGUCAAAGCACAGUAUGAGGAGAUUGCCAACAGGAGCCGGGCGGAGGCUGAGUCCUGGUACCAGAGCAAGUACGAGGCACUGCAGGUCACUGCUGGGAAACACGGAGAUGACCUGCGCAACACAAAGAAUGAGAUCUCAGAGAUAAACCGCGUGAUCCAGAGGCUUCAGGGUGAAAUUGAAAAUGCAAAGGCCCAGCGUGCCAAGCUGGAGGCAGCCAUUGCUGAAGCAGAGGAACGUGGUGAGUUGGCUGUCAAAGAUGCCACGGCAAAGCUGGAGGAGCUGGAGGCAGCUCUGCAGAAGGCGAAGCAGGACAUGGCCCGGCAGCUCCGUGAGUACCAGGAGCUCAUGAACGUCAAGCUGGCCCUGGACAUCGAGAUUGCGACCUACAGGAAGCUGCUGGAGGGCGAGGAGAGCAGGUUGGCCGGUGAUGGAGUUGGCAACGUCAACAUCUCCGUGGUCAGCUCCAGCGGUGGAGGUGGCUAUGCUGGUUCCAGUGGAUUUCUGGGAGGAGGAAUCGGAGGAGGCCUUAACCUGGGAGCAGGCAUGGGCAGCGGGGCACUCGGCUUUGGGGGUGGCUCCAAAUCCUACACCGUCACCACAACCUCAUCCAGCAGGAGAAGCUUCAGGAAGUAACUACAGGAACAAAGAUCAGCGGUACCCAUUGUACGGGAGAAGGGAAACCAUAGAAAGAAAAGUCUUGUUGCCUUUUAUAGGACAAAUUGGCUGCAAAAUUUCUGCAGUGAUGAAUGAAUUGGAGUAAGACAUACCAGAGUACCUGACCCUGCCACAUCACGCCUAAGGCUUGAUCCUGCACUGUUGAACUUAGUGGGAACCAUUCCACUGAGAGCAGGUUCAAGCCUGUAGGGUGAAAUUUAUCCAGUGAAGCAGGCAGGAUAACGCUUUUGUUACUUAUGUGCUUGGUACCCCCUGCUCAGGGCUGGAUUUCACCCUUUGAAGGGCAAAACAAUCAUUUGAGUGGCAAGUUAUUCCACAUUUCUGCUGUGGUUUUGCAAAAGAGACCAGAAGAUUAUCU